UAAUUCAAAUCAAGGCUUUGUUUCUACAAUGAAAGAUGCAUUCUCAGACCAAAAUUAUAAAGUUGGAGAUGCUUCAGCAGAGAGGCAAAAAUUACGUCUUAAGAACACAAAGAAUACCAUUGUGUUUGGGAUAGAUAAGACUUCCUACUUCAAGAGGGGAGAAAAUAAGGUGUUGACAUCAGAAUUGUCUCAAUAUUCAAAGGAUGCUAAAUAAGGCUGCUGAUUCUGUAAAAGAGAAGCUAAGAUCUCAUAACUUCAAAUUUGGCAGUCAUCAAGUUGACUAUACAUUAUCAUCCCAAGGAGAUAAGGAUCCCAAGACUAUCAAGGACGUGCCUAAGCCUGCUGCAAAUAAAUAUAAAAACCACAAAAUGUUUAAUACCCAAAACCUUUUGCCCAAAACUCAGAGACUAAAUUUUAGGAAAUUAAAAAGCCAAAGAGAGAAGAAUAAUUUUGAGUCUGCAACUAAGAGUUAUCACAAAAAUCCUGAAGAACUUAGGAAAGACUCCCCUCAUCUCCCACCAAUGAAUGUUAAUAAAGAUGACCUCAAGAAAAGUUCUAUAAAGCUAGGAGAAUCUGGGAUAAUUAGUGAUCUUAAUAACGGCCAUGAAAGCAAUAUGAAAAGUUACUGGACAGCAAAUAGACUUGAGCUAGAGAAUUCCCUUAUUAAAAAGAAAAUGAACUCUCCUACUUUAAGAAAUAGCAACAUUUUAAAAACUAACUUUGAGCUUGGAGAUCGUCAGAAAUUACAGUUGUUAAAUACUUCUAAAAGUGACGAAUUUAAGGCUCUUAAAGUCUCUAAAGAUAUUAGAGAAAAAGACCAAGAAGUUCAUGACUUCAUGAGAAAGAAGAAUGUGCAUUUAGGAUCAGUUGCAGAUUUCAGCAACUCUGUUUCUAAAGAUAGCUUUCCAACUCAUAAUAAAAACGAUAUUGAUUCAGUAAAUGGGAAGAAUCCAACAAAUAGGAACUUGAUAAAGAGCAUGCACUUUGGAAGCCCCAAAGGAAUUAAAAAGAUUGAGUCUAAGCUGUCUAUGUAUGGUGAGAAAAUCACAAAAGAUAACAAUUCUGCUCAGGAAAUGAAUUUAAAGAAUAAGUUACUUAAGAAACAACUACUUUCUCAUGCAUUUGAUCUUGGAUAUCAAGAAGGCACACAUAGAAGAAAGCCAAAUGUUGAUGUAGCUCAAUAUAUGAGAAAAUAAUCCUACUAAUCGCAAUGAAUCUAAAUUCUUAAAAGAGAAGAUUGAAAAACAGAACUUUCAAUAUAGCCAAGAUCCAAGUGGAAGAUAUAACAGAGUCGAAAAAGGAAACCAUCUUCUUCAGAGAAGAUAUUUGUCAACCGGAGGUAGAAGCUCAAAUGAUAUAGAUUAUUGGAAGGCAAACUUUAGUUUCAAUCAAGUCCCUUCUCAGAUUGGGGCUGGAUCUAUGAAUAGCUCCGUAGUUAAUCAAAACUAUCCCUCAAUAAGAGCUAAUAAGUCUGUAAUUAGUGAAAUUGGAAAAUACUCCCAAGAACCCGAUAAAAAGAUGCAAGCUCAGAAUAAGAAAAAAUCAACAAAGUCUAAUUUCCAGAUUGGGUUUGAGAAAAAUGAUUUUGACACUUCCUAUAAGAAUCAGUACAUGUGGAAGACUCGUGGAGCUAAUGUAUAAUCUCAUUUCAAUAGCCUAAUUUA